UCAUUGCGUCGCCAAUACAUCUACAUGCAGGCUUCGGUCCACCUUUCAUCGUUUUUUAUAGGCGUAGCUGUUUCGUAUUCAUCGUCGCACUCACAAUUCUUGCCAACAUCGUCUUGCGUUAUACGUAAAACGAAAAACUUCGAAUGUGUAAUUACUAGCCUUAUCCCGCUUCCCGUGUCCAGUAACCUGCAGACUUAAUAGUAUUCCGCUAGAUGAAUAGUAGCACAGACUCAGCGUCCAUCUGUGGAAAAUCGGUUCCGGCGCUUCAGCACAGGCAGGCCCAUCCGCCUGCGAUUUUGAAAGCGCCAGACUGGCUUGGCCACGAUCCGGCACCGGCGCGGCUGGCAGGUUGGCCUUUGCCGCCAUCUUGCGUGCUGGCACCGGCGGGGCCGCGUUCUGGCGCCGGGCGGCGGGCCCGGCCAUGGUCCGGCACCGGCUUGGCGGCCAUGGUCCGGCACCGGCUUGGCGGCGAUGGUCCGGCACCGGCUCGGCGGCCAUGGUCCGGCACCGGACUUCGCGGGUCUGGGGACCCCUGAAUUUGUCGCUUCGGUCCGGCGCAGCGACAAAUUCGCGGGUCCGGGGACCCCCGAAUUGGUCGUUCCGGUCCGGCGCAGCGACAAAUUCGCGGGUCCGGGGACCCCGGGAUUUGUCGCUCCGGUCCGGCGCAGCGACAAAUUCGCGGGUCCGGGGACCCCGGGAUUUGUCGUUCCGGUCCGGCGCAGCGACAAAUUGGCGGGUCCGGGGACCCUCGAUUUUGUCGCUCCGGUCCGGCGCAGCGACAAAUUGGCGGGUCCGGGGGCUCCUGAUUUUGUCGCUCCGGUCCGGCGCAACGACAAAAUGACGGGUCUGGGGACUCCUGAUUUUGUCGCCCCGGUCCGGCGCAACGACAAAAUGACGGGUCCGGGGACUCCUGAUUUUGUCGCUCCGCCCCGGCGCAACGACAAAAUGACGGGUCCGGGGACCCCUGGAUUUGUCGCUCCGGUCCGGCGCAACGACAAAAUGGCGGGUCCGGGGACCUCUGGAUUUGUUGCUCCGGUCCGGCGCAACGACAAAAUGACGGGUCCGGGGACCCCUGGAUUUGUCGCUCCGGUCCGGCGCAACGACAAAAUGACCGGCGCAACGACAAAAUGGCGGGUCCGGGGACCCCUGAUUUUGUCGCUCCGGUCCGGCGCAACGACAAAAUGGCGGGUCCGGGGACCCCUGGAUUUGUCGCUCCGGUCCGGCGCAACGACAAAAUGGCGGGUCCGGGGACCCCUGGAUUUGUCGCUCCGGUCCGGCGCAACGACAAAAUGACGGGUCCGGGGACCCCUGGUUGUGUCGCUCCGGUCCGGCGCAACGACAAAAUGACGGGUCCGGGGACUCCUGGACUUGUCGCUCCGGUCCGGCGCAGCGACAAACCUGAGGCUUCGCUGCUUCGAGGCUUCGCUGCUUCGAGGUUUCGCUGCUUCGAGGCUUCGCUGUUUCGAGGCUUCGAGGCUUCGCUGCUUUGAGGCUUCGCUGCUUCGAGGCUUCGCUGCUUCGAGGUUUCGCUGCUUCGAGGCUUCGCUGCUUCGAAGCUUCGCUGCUUCGAGGCUUCGCUGCUUCGAGGCUUCGCGGCUUGCUUCGAGGCUUCGCUGCCUCGAGGCUUCGUGGCUUGCUUCGCUGCUUCGAGGCGUCGCUGCUUCGAGGCUUCGCUGCUUCGAGGCUUCGGGGCUGCGCUGCUUCGCGGCUGCGCUGCUUCGCGGCUGCGCUGCUUCGCGGCUGCGCUGCUUCGAAGCUUCGCUGCUUCGAGGCUUCGCUGCUUCCUCCGGCGUUUCGAGGCUUCGCCGCUUAGAAGCUUGGGCACUUUGUCUGCAUGUCGUUGUUGUUGUUUUUCGUUUCUAUUCUUUGUUUUCCUUUUUUGUUUUCAUUCUUUGUUUUCGUUUUUCGUUUCUAUUCUUUGUUUUCGUUUUUCGUUUCCAUUCUUUGUUUUCGUUUUUCGUUUUCAUUCUUUGUUUUUGUUUUUCGUUUCCGUUCUUUGUUUUUGUUUUUCGUUUCUAUUCUUUGUUUCUAUUGCGGGAUACUAUUAAAUAAUGGGUUUUCUGACUUAUAUCUAGUCAUGGUAGAGAUUCGUUAACAUUUACUCCUAC